UUGUCACCGCAGGAGGCGGCUGGGGAGCAUCAACUACUUCCACAAUUGGAGGGGAUAACACAUUGUGACGUCACAUGCAAACCGGCCAAACAACAGUCUGCCACUCUCGCAUCCAAUCAUUCACAUCUUUUCACGACCUCAAAAACACGAUCGAGCAGAAGGCAAAAACCACUGUCAGACUCCGGUCAGUUACAGGGAACCAGUCCUAAUUGACCCCGCCCUCCUACUGGUCGAAUAUCCCAAAAAGGUAAAAUGUUUUAUAAUGCUCUCAUCCGCACCCACCACAUCACCUCACGCAAGAAGGUCUCCGCUCUGAAACGGGCUGCGGACAUGCACGAUUGCUUCGUGCUUCUAUGCUCUGGAGGGUGUCCUGGAAUCAUGUAUGUGGAAGCAAGAGAAAAAGCCGCUGUCGAGUCGUGGGUGAAUGUCGUGCGGAGUUUGCGGUACAAAGAUUUCCAGUUGGUCACUCGUCCGGGGCUGUUGGAGGAUGAACAUCUACAGGAGUGCACUGCAAAGCGGGCUGAUCCCGGUAGGCAGAGGCCCGGUGUCUCUGAGGUUGAUACAGUCAAGGAGUUUGGGAGUCUCAUGGAGCAGCGCGGGGUAUGGAAAUGGUGGAGAAAGGGAAUGGGCUAUCUAAGUUGAUGCUUGUGUGGCAAUUCCUCCAGCUUCACAGACUCAGUGUCUGGAAAGGCCUGUUUGCCAUCAUAUUACAUCACUUCAUUCUUCUCCGUUCGAUCAGGGGUGAUACAAUGAGCUGUCAAGCAAACAUGAGGCGAUACCGCUGCGACUGUGAUCGCUCUGCCAAUGUGCGAGAGCCUAUAG